AUGGCCACGUUCAACAUACAACCGGUGCAGCGCUUUGCUGGUGCCAAUACCUCGAUCCGAAGACCAAGGGAGAUUGCCUGCUUCUCAUAUGACGAUCAACGUCGUUUCUUAUUGGGAGAUUCUUCCAUGGCCUACUAUUACACGCCCAAUCUGCCUGCGGAUCUGAACAAAGGCUACAGUACUUUCCAGAAGCUUGAUGAUGUUGCCGAUGAGCACCUGGAUGCCCUCCUAGAUACUCUAGUGGCCCAUGAGCAAGAAACGGAGAAGAAGUGUGAGGUAGACAUUGUGACAUGGAGAGGAAUGAUGACCAAGAUUUUAACGGCUCCCUAUGACAAUAUGAAUGGUUUUGAGAUGAACGCAACUUGCUUCCAGGGCACAAUAUUUAUUGAAGAAAACAACGAGUACAAAAAUCAGCAGAAAGAGAUCCAGCGCAAACGAGGAUCGCCGCCUGGGAUGGCGCCCCAAGAGCUCAUGAUGUACUGGGGCUACAAGUUUGAAAACUUGGCAGUUUUGCGAAAGACAUGGGAUGAGUCUACCCGCGAAGAGAUCGAAGGCCGCGAGGACGAUAUAGUCAACAAUGCAGCGCAAUAUUGCUCCGUUGUUCGAACCGGAAUUGGCAGUACACGAAUGGUUCUUGGAGGAGAGGUGGAUGCAAUCUGGGAUAGCAAGCCGUCAAAGAAAGAUGCACCCAUCAACUGGGUCGAACUGAAGACAUCGGCUCAAAUCCGAAACGACAAAGAUAUGCUCAAGUAUGAGCGGAAAUUGCUCAAAUUCUGGGCUCAGUCAUUCCUGCUCGGUGUACCCAAGAUCAUCGUUGGGUUCCGCGAUCAGGAUGGUAUCUGCCACAGCCUAGAGGAGUUGGACACAGCCAGUAUUCCUGGGAAGGUUCUCAGUGUAGGGCGGCGGUCCUGGGAUGGCAAUGUCUGUAUCAACUUCACUGGCGCUUUCUUAGAAUGGCUCAAGCAGACAAUAAACCGCGAAGGGACAUGGAGAAUUCGCAGAAAGGACAAAUCCCCGGUGAUUGAAGUUUAUCAGAUCGAGGAGCAGGGCCAUGGCGAUAUUCUGUCGCCUGCGUUCAAGGCCUGGCGAGCGCACACAGGUCCAACAGGUCCAACAGGUCCAACAGAACCCUGA